AUGGCGGUGUUUCGUGGCAGAACCCCCGACCGCCCACGGGGGUCAUGCGUGGCAUCGGGGAGAUCGGACGGCGAACUAUCACAAGCUCCACACCCUAUCAAGAUAUCGCCUUCAACUCAAGUUGCAUCCCUUCCAGCAUAUUCUGACAACCCAGAGGCCCUACUUGAAAGAUGGUGUUCCGCUCAGAACUCCGCGGGCAUUCAGACCCUCCUCGAUGCCGAGAGAGAGGCCCAGAAGAUUGUCCAGCAAGCUAGAGAAUACCGUACCAAGCGGAUAAGGGACGCAAAGGCUGAGGCUCAGAAGGAGAUCGAAGAGUACCGCAAGCAGAAGGAGGACGAGUUCAAGAAGUUCGAGGCCGAGCACUCGAGCGGGUACAAGAAGGCUGAGGAGGAUGCGAAUAAAGAGGCAGAAGUCAAGCUCCAGGAGAUCAAGGAUGCCGGAAGCGAGAAGGGCAGCAAGGUCGUGGAGGAUCUCAUCCAUGCACUCAUCGACGUGAAGCCCGAGGCUUCGGAGAAAAUUGUGGUCAAGGCAUAGAUCUGUUGUGUCCUGCAGCACCGUGAAAGUUCAUCAAUUUUGGGUUCUUUGCUUCCAGCCUGUGAAUAUUAUUUAGCUGUUUGAUCAUACAACCACCCAUAUGUACGGAGUGUGCCUGUUCUAGUUUGUCUGCAGCUAGUGAAGGGGUGUCAAUGUCCUUCCUCAGUGUGGGGAUGGCCGCUUGAUGCAUGCGUGAUACCCCUUACAUUUGAGAUCCUUUGCUUUCCAUCCGACAUCGGUGGAGAGAGCAGGAGUUUUUUGACAGAAUUUAUUCCAUUCUCAAUGUCAAGAAGUUAUUACAAG